CGCGGCUGAGCUAUCCCUCUCAACUCAGUCACGACGCACUCAAUUCAUCCGUCCCUCUCUCUCACUUCACUCUUUCUCUCUCAAAACCGUAACCCUAACAAUGCCCGAUUUUACGAAUGUUCUUGAACCACCGCCACCGCAACCACCGUCCCAGCCACCGUCGCCACGAAUGUCUUGCCUCAAUCAUUAUGCCGAUGACCCGAAUUCGAAGUCCGCAUCUCAAAAUGGCAACGAAGACUGUGACCCAAUGCUCCAGAACCCCAAGACUGACUUGGAACCCGGUUACCUUGACACCGGAUUUUGUACUAAGCCCGACUCCACGAUUGAGAAUCCGGACUCCGACUUAAGUUCAGAGCCAGAGCUCCGGACUGUGCUACGAGAAGAUGAGGCAAUGUGCCAGAGUAACGGAGGAUCUAGGGUUACGGUCAGCCAGAGUGGUGGUGCUGAGAGGCCUGCUACCACAAACAAGAGUCUGGAUGAGUUUGUUAAAGAUUGGGUCAUGCGGAGGGUCGAAGCUGGCGUUUCUGAACAGCGUUGUUUUUUGCCGUUCCUAGCUCAAGCUCCCAAAUUGGCUGAGUGCUCUGUCUGCCUCAACUUAAUUCUCCCCGGUGAAGACAUAUCGUGCUCUGUUCGAGGGUGUCAGAUAGUUGUACACCAGCAAUGUGCAAAAAAAAUCCAGUGUUUUUCUUCUGCAAAACAAUUCAAGUGUCCUCAGCAUGUAUGUUACUCUUGUAACAAAACAAAUCACAUAUGGAGAUGCAUCAAGUGCCUUAUGGCAUCACAUGACAAAUGUGCAGCAUUUCCUGAGUAUGUUAUUCAUCUUACUAGCCAUCCAGGGCAGGCCAUCUGUUGGAAACAUCAUGCAGAUUGGCACCUGCAAAAGGAGGCUUGCUGACAGGACUGACAUAUCUUGUUGGAUGAGCAGCAUAAAGAUCCAAUCAAAAGUAUUGAGGAAAUAUUCAGUUACCUGCCUCUACCAUACACAGAGGAGGAGUUUAAGAUCAACUUAAACUGGAAGGACACAAAUGAUUGUAAUUUGGAGCCACCUCGUUAUGAGCCAAUCAGGCGGAAUGUGUACCUCAUCAAGAAAAAACGUGACAAUCUCGGUGCUGAUAAUGGAUGCACAAAUUGCAGUUCUACGAAAUGUUUAGACAAUUGUAUCUGCAGGGUUCAGUCCAUUAGCUGCUCAAAGGCUUGUCGCUGCUCUGGUAAGUGCUCAAAUAGGCCAUUCAAAGAAGAGAAAAAGAUUAAACUAGUCAAGACUGAACUCUGUGGUUGGGGUGUUGUAGCAGCUGAAGCUAUCAAGAAGGGGGAUUUCAUCAUAGAGUAUAUUGGAGAAGUAAUUGAUGAUGCUAUGUGUGAAAAGAGGCUUUGGGAAAUGAAAUACAAGAGAGAGAAAAACUUCUACAUGUGUGAAUUAUGGAAGGAUUUCACCAUUGAUGCAACUUUCAAGGGAAAUUUCUCACGUUUUCUGAAUCACAGCUGUGAUCCCAACUGCAAACUGGAGAAAUGGCAAGUUGAACAUGAGACACGCGUUGGUGUGUUUGCUGACAGGGACAUUGAAGUGGGAGAGCCGUUGACUUAUGACUAUAGAUUUGUACAGUUUGGGCCAGAAGAGAAGUGCCAUUGCGGCACCCGCAAGUGUCAAGGAUUUCUUGGCACCAAAAAAAAGAUUGGUAGUAGGGUAGAGUUUUGUUGGGGUAGUAAACGCAAGAGAACCUCUACUUCUUGUGUGGCCACAGUUAAAGUCAAUCCGUUCUAAUCCAUUUUCUGUGUGUUUAGAUAUUCACCGGCUUUGUAUUUUGGUUUCUCAACCAAUGAAAAGUGGAGGAUAGGAUGAGGGGGAAAAUGGGAAGACAAUCGUCUUUCCUUUGAGGUGCUUUUUAAAAUGCAUCCCCCCUUGAAGAAAUCAGGGAAAAUGGGGAAGAACACUAAACAACAUUGAAAUUUUGCGAGACUUUAGUAUGUGCUUCAAUGUACGUGUUUCGAUUUGUAGUUGUUUUAACCGUUAGUUAUGAUAUCUUUCAAAAUAAAACCGUUAGUGAUAAUAAUAAUGUUUAUAAG